AUGCCGAUUCUGAUAAAUGAUUUCACCUGGGAGCAAAAUGACAACUUCGUGAUCGUGAAUGUCAACCUCCCCGUUGGGCACGUGACCUCCAAGGCGGAAGUCAAGGUUGGAGAGAAGAUGAUCUCAGUAAUGAGUCAAACGCAUCUCUUCCGAAUCGCUCUUUUCCGGGGAAUCAAUGAAGAGGAAUCGACGAUGAAACUGCAUCACCAGAAAAUAGAAUUCAAUCUGGCGAAGGUGGAUAAGAUCCCAUGGGAAGAUUUGACGAAGAAGAAAUCGGGCAAGGAACUGACGGAAAUGUACAUAGAGCUUCUUGAGCAGGAGAGAAAAGAUAUCGAAGCCAAGGGAGAAGCAAGAAGGAUCAAAUUCAGAGCCGAUAAAGACUCCUCCGUCCACAAUCAACUCGCCGCGGAAGAAGUAAAAAGAACCGAGCGAAACCAAAUCAAGCAAUUCGAACUCGACCUGAUCUCGCAAAAAAUCAAAAAUGAAAAAUUCAUGCAAGAAGCUCAAGCCAAAAAAGCAGAAGCAGAAAAACAACAGGCGAAAAAAGACGAGAAUAGUGGAGAAAAGAAGAAAAAGUCGAAUUCAGAAAUCGAAUUUUCAGAUGUCAAAAAAGAGCCGACAGUUUCAAUUCGCAGAUCGAAAAUGCCCCCACCGAGGCAGCGAGGAAAAAUCACGGUCGCUUUCACCGAGCGCUCCUUCCCAACGCCUCUUCGCGAGUCGAACAAGCCCGAAGAAGACGCCUGGCUGCAGAAACAAGCCGCUGCUAGAAAACGCGUCGAAUACGCAAAUGGAGAUCUCACAGAGCAAGACAAAGAAGAUGGAUAUUUGGAGGGCAAGGCGGCGAAGAUGGUCAAAAAUGGAGACUUUCAGUCAGCUGUUAAUGCGCUCACCAUUGCUAGCAAGAUGUUUCCAAGAAAACCAAGCAUUUAUCUGUUACGCUCUGAAGCAAACCUCGGAAUGCAAAACGCAGUGCGCGCCGCUGAAGAUGCAGCACGCGCCUUUGAAAUGUACCAACCACCCGUUCCUGCGAAUUUAGACGAGCGCGUCAAGUGCCACAUCCUUCGCGGCUCCGCACUCCGCCGCUUGCAAAUGUACACCGAAGCGUUGAUGGAUUUCGUCGCAGCGGAAAAGCUCAAGCCAAAAGACGAGGAGAUCCAACAAUACUGCACCGAUCUGCGAAAUAUUAUUCAAAACAACGGAGGCGAUGACUGGAAAGAAGAGUGGGAAACUGACCUGCUUUAG